AUGAAAAGAAGAAGGAGAGGAGCAAUCUGUUUCAUGUUCAGACCUUACUCAAACGCCUCUCUCUUCUUUUCUCCCGUUCGUGUAAGAUCCUUGUUCAUAAACUCGCCUAAGAUGAGUGCACGUGAGUGUUCGCUUCAUGAUCUUGAAGAUUGUGACGUUGCUGUCAUAAGGAAAUCCUCGCUUAGCUGGUACGAUAAGAACAAGCGCGACCUUCCUUGGAGGCAGAAGGCGAAGACUGUAGAAGAUGACAAUGAACGUUCCUAUGCAGUCUGGGUGUCAGAAGUCAUGUGCCAGCAGACACAAGUGGCUACUGUGAUAGAUUACUACAAUCGUUGGAUGAAGAGGUGGCCAACUGUGCAAAGCCUUGCUACAGCAACAAUCGAGGAGGUCAAUGAAAUGUGGUCCGGCCUGGGCUACUACUCUCGAGGAAGGCGCCUUUGGGAAGGAGCUAAGAAGGUGGUUGAUGAGCUAGAUGGACAAAUGCCCAAGACCGCAGAUAGUCUUCAGAAGCUGCUUCCAGGAGUGGGACGCUAUACUUCCUGCGCCAUAGCGUCCAUUUCGUUCGGCGAGCGUGUGGGAGUGGUGGACGGUAACGUGAUCCGCGUCAUGUCUCGGCUAAGAGCUAUCGGUGCGGAGAGUCAGCAGCCCGCCACCAUGGAUAGGUUUUGGUCUCUCGCUGACCAAGUUGUAGACCCUGACCGGCCAGGUGAUUGCAACCAGGCCCUGAUGGAAUUGGGUGCUACAGUCUGCUCGCCGAAGACACCAUCUUGCUCCACAUGCCCUCUGCAGUCUGUUUGCAAGGCCUAUAGCAUGACGAAAUCAACUCGUUCUUCAUCCUGUCAGAAGUUCUUCAGCCUAUCGUCCCCGUCGCCUGAUGUGAAGAAACGGAGAGGAGCGACUGGCAAAGACAGUAGUGAGUGUGGCUUGUGUAUUCCAGCUGACCAGUGGGAUUCCAGUGCCGGUGUAUGUAAUUUCCCUCGCAAGGCUAAGAAGAAGGCUCCACUCAAGGAAGAUUAUGUGACGGCCGUUGUGUCGAGACACUGUGUGGCAACGGGUGGUAAUGAAUACUUUCUGGCAAAGCGACGAGGAGAGGGCUUACUUGCUGGUCUAUGGGAAUUUCCCUGUCUUCAAGUCGCCGACUCAUCCCUAUCACAAAAGGCAUCGCAUAAACUGCUUACUGAGCACUUGCGUGAUGCAUGCGCAGUGGAUAUCCGUAGUCUGAAGAGUACAUUGCUGGGAGAGGUCUCGCACACAUUCUCCCAUCGACUGCACACGUAUCAUGUGUAUUCUAUCCAACUGGCUGCUAUGAAGUCAGAAUCAUGCACUGAUGAGUUAGGUGAUUCAACGCAACAGCAGUCUGUUCAAUGGGUGGAAGAUAUCAACAGUGUGGCCAUAUCCACAGCAGUGCGGAAGAUCAUGGCACUAGUCACAACAAGUACAUCAAAAAAGAAGACAGCCUCCUCAGCAACGCCGGCCAAACGCAAACAUGCAACAAAGGAUACGGCAGGUGGUAGCAGCAAUGCAAAGCGCACGAAGACCGCUACGCUGGACAGUUUUGUCAAGAAGGAGAAGAAGGCAUGAGAUGCAAACAUUGAUUGUUGAGUCCAUUGCGCAUCAUACUGGCAGGACAAUGUCUUAGAGGUGAUUUUGGCAAUGGCCACUUCACUGUUCUAACACACCGUGUGUAAACAUUGGUUUGAGUCUAAAUGAUGGAAGGCUAAGAAAUGGCUGAUAUGCCAAUAGCUAUCGAGAAACUUGACAUGAUAAUUGUAUCUGGCGUAUGUUCAUUUGCAUUCUGUGAGCAACAUCUCAGUAAUGACCAUGAUGGAGUGGAACUUGCUAUGGCUAUGUGACAGAGUAUUGUGUAGUUGCUGAACCUUGAAUUAGUCAAUAGUGUCACGCACUGUUUCACACCUUUCACUGAUACUGUAUUGUGACCUGUUCUCAUCAGUAUUGUUUUCUUGUGUCAGUUUCCCAACCAAGUUUACUCAAUUUUGGACCAUGACUUCUCUCUUUCUCUCUCUCUCUCUCCCUCUCCCUCUCUCUCUCUCUCUCUCUCUCUCUCUCUCUCUCUCUCUCUCUCUCUCUCUCUCUCUCUCUCUCUCUCUCUCUCGCUCGCUCUCUCUUUCUCUCUCUCUCUCUCUCCCUCUCUCUCUCUCUCUCUCUCUCUCUCUCUCUCUCUCUCUCUCUCUCUCUCUCUCUCUCUCUCUCUCUCUCUCUCUCUCUCUCCCUCUCUCUCUCUCUCUCUCUCUCUCUCUCUCUCUCUCUCUCUCUCUCUCUCUCUCUCUCUCUCUAUCUAUCUAUCUCUCUCCUCUCUCUCUCUCUCUCUCUCUCUCUCUCUCUCUCUCUCUCUCUCUCUCUCUCUCUCUCUCUCUCUCUCUCUCUCUCUCUCUCUCUCUCUCUCUCUCUCUCUCUCUCUCUCUCUCUCUCUCUCUCUCUCUCUCUCUCUCCCCCUCUCUCAAUUUGUCAUUUUCACAAUGUGCUGAGAUUUCAUGAGUACUAGAGGUUCAUCAUAGUUUGCGAGGCCCGUGGGGCUCAUCAAUCUUCCUCCAAUAUUCCUAUAUUCCAGGUUUUCCGGGGGAAAC